GCUCCCGUUGCAAACUCCCGCCGGAGAUUGAAGCACGGCCGGGGGCAGGCCUUCCGGGAGAGGGUCGCGUGGGAGAGGAAGGUCGCGACUAGGUACUCUUCCUCCUUGCUGCUCAAGAAAUGUCUUCACUUUCAGAAUAUGCCUUGCGCAUGACUCGUCUGAGUGCCCGGCUGUUUGGUGAGGUGGCCAGGCCUACUGAUUCCAAAUCCAUGAAAGUGGUGAAACUGUUCAGUGAGCAGCCUCUGGCCAAGAGGAAAGAGACUUAUGACUGGUACCCAAAUCACAACACUUAUUAUGCACUCAUGGGGACACUGCGUUUUCUUGGCCUCUAUAGAGAUGAGCACCAGGACUUCAAGGAUGAGCAGUUGCGCCUAAAGAAGCUUCGUGGCAAGGGGAAACCAAAGAAGGGAGAAGGGAAAAGAGCAACAAAAAAGAAGUAGUGUUGGUCCAUCGGGAGAACAAAGCUCUUUCUCAGCAACUGACAGCAGAAGAAGGUGUAUUUAUCUUUCCACAUAUUCAAGGAAUGUAAGCUUCCGAAACUGAAAAUUAUUUGGAGGAACACGAUCAUUUCUGUGUUCAAGUCCCAUCCAGUUGAAUAGUGACUGGUUUCCUGGACACAUUCUAAUUCUGCAAAGUUACUUUGGCCUUGGUUUUAUACCCUGAGGUUCACCUCUUUCUCUAAAGAAAUGAAUUGCAUAGACUUGA